AUGAGUUUUUUGAAGAAAAUGCGAAAAAGAGGUCGAAGUAAAAACCAUCAAGAAUUACACUUGAGAUCUUCGGUUCCUUCUCCGACUGUGGAAUGUGUCGAAGACAAAUGUCUCACAGACAAGGAAGACAGCACGAAGGAAGAAAGCAGAAAAUUGUCGCGUCCAGGAUCCUUAAAAAGCUUCCGGAAGGAAAACCGCAAUGGCAAUGUUACCAGUAAUGCUGCCUGCUCCAAGGAGACCACCACAGAGGCCUCUGCUGCUCCACGUGCUCCAUUGUCAGACGUGGUUGGUGACCAUGAGAAAAAGAGGCAAGGGAAAGCUGGUGCUGACACUAAGGGUGAUAGUCCUAAGAAGGCUUCGUGUCGAAGGAACAAAACAAGAUCAGGACCAACAAAGGUCAACAAGAAAGCUCCACCUCCGCCUACUUCUGAAAGGCCUUCCGUUUCUCAUACCAGUCCAUCCCAAUCUGUUCUGUCUCGUCCUAUUCCGGUGCGCCCAGCUCCCCCUCCACCGCGUCAACCACGUCUUCGUAAGGCGGCUCCACCUCGCCCCCCUCCACCGACUAUGAAGCAGCCUGGAAAAAAGGGUGCCAAAGGACCGAGAAUUAUUAAGAAGAAGGCAAACGAGAUUUGCAAAUACCCAAAGGAUCUGAACCCGUUUGCAAAUUUUAGCAGUGCCACCGAUAAUGACUACCCGUCACAGAACAGCGAGAAGGCCUCUAGACCUAGUCGCCAAAGGCACAGAAGAAGACCAAAGAAUUCUAAAAGUGAAGAAUAUCCAAUGGAUAAAAAUCCAUUUACUGAAACUAAUGAGAUGAGGGAAAAGGUCUCUAGUGCUCGUCGCCAAAGGCUUAGAAGAAAACGGAAAGAAUCUAAAAGUGAAGAAUACCCAAUGAAAGACAAUCCAUCCAGUGAUGCUGAAGAGAUGAGCGAGAAGCCCUCCCGCACUCAUCGUCAAAGGCGUAGAAGAAAACGAAAAGCAUCUAAAAGCGAAGAACACUCAAUUAAAUACAAUCCAUUGAGUGAUUCCGAUGAGGGGAGGAGCUCUUCGUGUUCGGAGUGGAACGAAACUUCUGACAUAUGGUCUGUUUCUUCAUUGGAAGAUAUUCAGUUUGUGGUGAACACUGCCACAGUAGAAGAGGUGGAAGCAAAGAGUACACAGCAAGGUCUGGCAACCAACAAUGAAAACGAAGAACAGGGUGGGCGAACAGAUUCUGGUGACUCAAAGGCCCAGUCAUUCCCAUCUGAUAAGGAGAUCUCUCCUGACGAUGUCCCUUCCUCAAACAAGGAUAAUAGCUCUGCGAGUGUCGGAUCAACAAACCUUGAUGCUUCGACUGCCAAAGAAUUUACAGAUGUUGGCAGUCGAAGGAUCCUCAAGCAGGCAGAACCCUCUGAGCAAGCUAAUGAUAUGGAAGAGUACCAGGGUGGAGACGGAUCUGCCUCCAAUUCAAGGAAUCAUUGCCCAGAGUUGGCCAUUUACCUGGAUGCAGAACUUCAGAUUGUCGAAAGCGAGUUGCUCUCUCUGCAGAAGGUGAUGGUUAAAUUGCAAUCAGAGAUGAAAGAGGCAAUGGACACUAAAGAUUGUGAGGCCGAGUUUGAAAGCUUAUCGCUUGACUGGUUGACGCUCAACAAGUUCCGUUCUGAACUUAACAAAAGGAAAAAAGACCUUAUUGUUCUUUCCAAACAAGAAAACCCGAACGAGUGUUUGAAGUUCUUACGUGAGGACCUGAAAUGCCUAGUUGAAGUCAAAAGUUGGAAGAAGACAAAAGAGCACAGAGCUCAGGUGAAGAAUGUCUUGGAUCUUAUCCUCAAGUUGGCCAACAUGGCCUGA